AUGUUACUGAAGAAAUUAUCACAUCAAUCAAGAAGGAUUAUUUAUAUUAAGUACUCAAUUGUUCCUAAACCAUUAUGUUGCAUUGGAAAUGCUAUUUACAUCAGUACUAGAACAGCCACACAUGCUGAUUCUUCUUCUCCUGGUGCUAUCACCAAACAAUCAAGUUCAAGAUGUUUUACAACUACUUCAUUCAAGAUGGCCAACCAAAUUGAAAAUGAUUAUGAAAUUGAUUUAAUCUCAUUAAAGAAGAAACCAAAGAAGAAGGCACAAAAAGAUAUAGAACCAAUGUUUAAGUUUGAUGUUCCAGAUUAUAAGAUUCCAGAUUUGAAACUAUCAGAAUAUCAAGAAGUAUAUGAAGAAGGUACUAAACCAAUCUAUGAAGAAUUUUGUGGACGGUUUAAUGAACCUGAAUUACCGUUCACAGUGAAUGAACUAAGAGAUUUAUGUGAAUAUGCGUGCGCAAAUACUGCUGAAUCAUUAUCAGAUGUGUUGACUUCAUUUGCUGAUAAACAUAAACAGUCCGUUAAUCACCAAAUUAUGGUUAGUAUUUUUCAGCAGCUUCUAGAUUCUCACCCAGUUUUUGAGUCACAUUUCAAUACACUCAUGUCUCAAACAGAUAAUGUUAAGUUACGGCUAGAAAGAUUCUUUAAAAGUGGCUUAGGUUGGUUUAGUAAUGAAUUAAAGGGAUUCUCUGAAUGUAAGUCAAAAAAGCAAUUUGAUAAAGAGUUAAAUAGAUUGAUCUUCAAAUAUGAACAAAAAUUGCCCAACUAUCAUACAGCGAGUCCAAAAUAUUUAAGAAUUCUUUUUCGAGUAACCAGAUUGAAGGAAUUGCGAAAGAUUUUGAAUUCACUUGAUUAUCCAUUGGAAGAAAUUAGAUACAUUGUGAAUUUAUCGAAAUUUGAAGACUGUAAUAAAGCAAUUAAAGAAAAGAAUUUGUCAGCAAGCAAUUCUUUAAAGGGCUUAUGUCACUUCUUAAAUUGGUCUCACUUAACCAAGUCUAAUGGAAACUAUACAGUUUUAUCUGAAUUGCAACAUUCAAUUGAAUUACAUGAAGUUCCGUCUAUAUGCGAGCUGGUAAGGAACCAUCUAAUAAUGACCAUCUUAAAAGACCCAGACGCUAAGAUGUCCACUUUAGACCCUUCGGAUUUUAAAUUUAUUUGGGACUCCGAGAACAACACAAUCAAUUUCAUGUCUAGCUUAAUGAUGUAUUCGGGCUUAACUCCCGAGGUUUUGAAAACGUAUAUUGCACAACAUCUUGACAGGGGUUCCUCACGUAAAGAGCUUCAUAAUCAGUUACGCAAGUUUACCUUAUCCAAUCUUGAAAAGAAACUUGGAGGCAAUUAUUAUGAUUGGAUUGUUGAUAUUCUAAGUGAUAAUGAAUUUGAAUUGGCUUUCCUUAAUAUUAUGCCAAAUUUUGGAUGUAGAAAGUAUGAAUGUUUUCCUGAUAUUAUCCCCUUUGCCAGUGAAAUUGAAUCUUUAAGUAGAAAGUAUAAGUCAGACGGUGGGUUCGAGAAAUUAUUAGAUAUUUUAAGUAAAGAUGAGAAUACGAGUGAUGAGCUCAGGAAGGUUCUUAGAUCCUUCAACAUGAUUUGUUGUAACAAGACGGAUAUUUUGCUGGAAUUAUUAUCCGACAAAAGGUUAGUUGAAGAGUACUAUGAUAAGAAUUUCGAUAGAUUUAUCAACGAGAUAAUCUUCAUUCAGGGCUCUGCGAGACUAGAUAUUAUUGAGUUCUGGCAAAAGAUGGAACGCGUGAUGUUAAAUGGUGAGGACAAAGCUCCUGUCAAUCUAAGACUUUCUCAAUUUAAUCGCUUGUGGGGUAGUUAUGGAUGGGAGAAAGGCAAAAAAUUGCCACCGGGUAGAACGUUUUGCAAUCUACAGGAUAAGGUGAAGGCAGUGCUAAUCAAUCAUUAUGCUCUAGGUCGGCAAUAUCAACCCAAACAGGCUCAAGAAUAUAAGCAAAUACCCGAUGACUUGAGUAUUCAUGAUUUUACUCCACAAUUAGUGAAAUUGCAAGCAAAGCUUGGAAGUUCGUUUGCUAAUUUUUCGCCUGACCAAAUUCUUGAGGCUUUGCAAAGCCAAAUAGAUGCUCUGUUUGAAAAUUGCGACUCAGAAGUUUUGGCAUCGAAUAAACCUGUUGCGUUGAAUGAACUUCGGUUGAAAAGCAGGUUGGAGCGUUUAUUUGAUACAAAUGGUGGGAACACUCAAGUAUUAGAUCUGGUUCUUAACUCCCAAGCGGUAUUUGAGAAAUUUGAAGCAUCUAAAUCAGGCAAUAAACUUGAUCAGAAACAAAUUAAACCUCAAGAAUAUAAGCAAAUCCCAGAUGAUUUAAAUAUUCAUGAUUUUACUCCACAAUUAGCUACGUUAAAGCAACAUCUUGGAACUUCAUUUGCUAGUGUGUCACCAAAACAAAUUAUUGAAACCUUGCAGAGUGAGAUAGAUGCCCAGUUUGAGAAUAGCGAAUCUGAAGUCUUGGCAUCGAAUAAGCCCGUUGCAUUAGAUGAACUUCGAUUGAAGAAUAGGUUAGAACGUUUAUUUGACAUAAAUGGUGGCAAUACUCAAGUAUUGGACGUGGUUCUUAAUUCCCAAGAGGUAUUCAAAACAUUUGAAGCUUCGAAAGCAAGUGCCGGCACAAAUCAAAGAGAAUACAAGCAAAUCCCAGAUGAUUUGAAUAUCCAUGAUUUUACUCCGCAGUUAUAUAAGUUGAGAUCAGCGCUUGGAUCAUCAUUUGCUAGCAUGUCGCCAGACCAGAUUCUUGAAACAUUACGAAGUCAAAUUGAUUCCCUGUUUGAAAAAUAUGACUCUGAAGUCAUGGCAUCUAACAAGACUGUGUCUUUUGAUGAGAUUCGGUUGAAGAAAAGGUUAGAACGGUUAUUUGACAUUAAUGGUGGAGAUACGCAAGUUUUAGAUCUGGUUCUUAAUUCCCAGUCAGUGCUUGAAAAUUUUGAAGCAACUAAAGUUGGGGCUGCUCUUAAGAAUAAACAAAGUGAAAUUCCUAGUCAUGAGGAAUCUAUAAUCUGUACUAAGAAGUUUAUGGACUCGAUUAAGAAGGAUUUAAAGAAAAAGAAUGAUUCUAACGAAAGUCAACCUAAUGAGAGACCAAGUACACCAGUUGAGAUUGCAAGCGGAAUUGAUGAAGGGCAACUGGAAGCCAAAUAUGCCCAUAUUAAUGAAUUAUUUUCUAAUUUAGAUAAAGAAUCCACUCCUGCUGAUUUGUCAUUUGGUGGGUAUGGAUCCAUGAUGGAAUCAUUGAUGGGUGCAAUUAAAUCUACAUCCACUGGAAAUGGUCCUCUUCAACCACCAUCUCCACCAUUGUUUAUUUCCCUUUCCUCCAAGAAUGAGAAACGCAAGGCAAACCAGAAGAGUGUAAAACCUCCAUCGCCACCUCCAGUGAUGUCAACUUCCAAGAAGGAUGGAGAUAUGAAGAAAUCAGCAGAAAACGUGCGUCCUCCAUCUUCACCUCCAGUGGUUUCAACUGUUAAGAACGAUGGAGCUAUGAAGAAACAGGCAGAAAACGUGCGUCCUCCUUGUCCACCUCCAGUUAUUUCGAAACCAAUUGAGAUCACCAUCGAAAAGGCAAUACAAGAAGCCUUAUCGCCAGAUGCUGAAAUCGGAGAACGUGCUGUACCAAAGAUACCAAAGAUACCAAAGAAGGAAGAACACUCUUCAGUUAAUGUUUCAGCAUUGGAAGAUUUCUUACAACAGGCGCGUAAAGAGAAUUACGAUGUCAAUAGGGCAAAGGAUGCACUUGAAUGGAGUACUUCUAUGAUGUAUAAAGGUGAACCAGUUGAGAAUGAUUUUAUUAAUAAUCCCAAUACAUCAUUUUUAUUAUUGACAGUUGAAGGUGGUAUUAUCCCAGUUGAUCGUGCUUCAUUGGGUGAAAUUAAGGAAGAAGAUAUAUUUACUAUUCUUAGUAAGUUUGAAAAACUGGAAUUAACCCAAUCAUUGGGUGCAGUUCAAAGAUUAAAACGUCAUCAUUGGAGAAUGAUUGGUAGUAGAACAGAUGGGGAUAAAAAAUAUUUCAUCAUGGCUAAACCUAAGCGGGCUAGAGGUUGGCGUAUUAUGAGGACUAUUAAGACGAUUUUGGCAAUUAUUGGGUCGAUAUUGAUUACAUUGGUGGGAAUUAAUUUCUUUGUAGAUGAUUUGAAGAGUAUUGAACAGAAGAAGGAAGAAGAGGAGGAUGAAGCAGAGAGGAUUGCUGAAUUUGAGGCAUUGGCAAGAGAUGUUUCGGGACCUUUCACAUUGACAACUGAUCCUGCAUCUCUUGCAACACAUCCAGAUGAUGAGGAAGAUCUGUUGGAAGAAUCUCAAAAGAAUCAAGGUGCAUGGUUGAAGAAUUUACUCUGGAAGUAA